GCGCAUGCGCAACCUGAUCGAGCGGCGGCAAAGGGAAAAGACCAAAGAUGGCGGACAGCGUGGUUGUGGCUUCCUGAAGAUUAGAAAAGUUUCAAACCUCAGAUAUAAAGACAACGGUUCGUCUUCUCUAAAGCCCACGAAAUGGAAGUUUAGUUAGGAGCGACGGAGUGUUACCUGAAGUGAAGAUUGAAGACGUGAUAGAAGAUGGACGACUACUGCUAUGCUAAGAUGGCGACGUCAUGUCAAAGAGAAACUGAAAGAGAAUCAGAAACUUCCAGCAAAUCACCAACGGAGAGAAAGACAAAAACUGCAAAUGAAGACAUCCGGCAGCCGAUUGGUCAUCCAGAAAAACUUCCCAGUCAGUUGGGUCAGAGCUCAAUUUUGAACCCGGAGACUCUACAGCCACCCUGCGUUAAGAAGGAAGAGGAGGAACUCCGGAUCCAUCAGGAAGGAGAGUCUCUUCCAGGACCACAGGAAGCUGAUCCCACCAAAUUUUCACAGACUGUUGUCUCUGUGAAGGCUGAAGAUGAUGACGAGAAAACACAAGUAGACAACCGUGUAACUUCACUAUUCGAUAGUGAGGCUCAAGACGAGGUUAAAAAACCUUUGAGCAGCGAUACAGACUGUGAAGGUGAUAUGAGGACUCACACUGACAACAAACACUCUGAAUGCUCUAAAAAGAAGAGAGACGUCCAGCCGCUGAUUGGUCAUCGGGAAGAACUUUCUCCUCAGUCGCACGGGGGGAGCUUCACUCUGAAGCAAGAGACUCCACAGUCGCCCCACAUUAAAAAGGAAGAGGAGGAACUCUGGAUCACUCAGGAGGGAGAGUCUCUUUUCGAACCGGACAAGGAUGAUCUCACAGAGUUGCCACUGACUGUUGUCUCUGUGAAGACUGACGAGGAUGAAGAGAAACCAAAACGAGACAACCUCUUAACUCCACAAUCAGAUAGGGAGGCUGAAGACGAGGUUGAAGUGACUUUGAGCAGCGAUACAGACUGUGAAGGUGAUGUGAGGACUGACACUGACAACAAACACUCUGAAAGCUCCAAAAAGAGAGGUAAAACGUGUUUGAAAUGCUCGAUUUGUGAUAAAAGAUUCACUAAAAAGUACAAUUUGACUCAACACAUGAGGAAACACACGGGAGAAAAACCAUUUAACUGUUCAGUAUGCGGUAAAAGCUUUAUGAUAAAGGGCCAUUUGACUCAACACGAGAGAAUACACACAGGAGACAAACCAUUUAAUUGUUCAGUUUGCGGUAAAAUCUUUACUCAAAAGAGCAAUUUGACUCAACACCUAAGAACACACACAGCAGAUAAACCAUUUAAUUGUUUAGUUUGUGGUAAACGCUUUACUCAAAAGAUCAGUUUCAUUCGACACAUGAGAAUACACACAGAAGGAAAAUCAUUUAACUGCUCAGUUUGUGGUAAAAGCUUUUCCAUACAAGCCCAUCUAAAUGAACACCAGAAGAGACACACAGGAGAAAAACCUUUUAACUGUUCAGUUUGUGGUAAAAGCUUUUCUAAAAAGUGCCAUGUGACCCAACACAUACUUACCCACACAGGACAAAAACCAUUUAAUUGUUCAGUUUGUGGUAAAAUCUUUUCUCAAAAAAGCAAUUUGACUCAACACUUAAGAAUACACACCGCAGACAAACCGUUUAUGUGUUCAGUUUGCGGUAACAGCUUUACUCAAAACGGCAGUUUCACUCGACACAUGAGAACACACACAGGAGAGAAGCCGUUUGAUUGUUCAGUUUGUGGUAAAAGCUACACCCAAAAGAACAGCUUCACUCGACACAUGAGAACACACACAGGAGAGAGGCCGUUUUGUUGUUCAGUGUGUGGUAAAAGCUUUUCUCGUAAUAGUUAUGUGACCCAACACAUGAGAACACACACCGGGGAAAAACCAUUUAAAUGUUCAGUGUGUGGCAAAAGAUUCCAAAGUAAUGCACGCGCAGUAAAGCAUAAAAGAACACACACGGGAGAAUAACCAGUCAGCUGUUUAAUUUGUGGUAUGUUGCUCUUAUGUGGGGACAUCCACCAAACCCAGGACCUCCUCUAAAUAAAUUCACUCUCUUUCAUAAAUACCACAGAUUUUUGUAGAAAUUUUGAUUAUUUGGAGUUUAGUCUUAUCUCCUCAUGACCCCAUGUCUUCUUUGAAUAUGUAAAUAGAUGAUGCUUGUAGUGCUUGCUUACCCCUUUAGACGUGACACACUUGGGAACUCAUAUAUUAAGACUCGUGUGGAUUUCCCACUAAUAAAAAGGUAAAAGUAGAACAGAAAACGUUGUACGCUUAUACAAAAAGGUAGCCGCUGCGAUGAUACAUAUAAACAUUUUCGAAGAGGUGGGUGACUGAUUACUCCCAAGAUAUAUAUACUUUGUGUAAUUUAUUUACAAAAUUGUGUUGUUAGAGUAGCCUACUCUCAGCCAGAUUAGAUUAUCAUGCAAAAAUAUUGUAAUAUUUGGUUUUAAAUAUUUUAAAUUUAAACAUGCCUGUACAUCAAAAAAGGAUAUGAAAGACUUAUUCUCUUGUUUUAUUGUGUGAAUGCUUUGGAGCAUAUGGUUUUCGACAUAAAAAAAUAAUCUAGUUAUUCAACUUUAACUUUUACUUCUUCCCAAGAUGUUGGCGUUCUCUACCGUACACAUUUUUCACCCGAUUUAAACCGUACCAACUUCAAACUGUUCAGCCUUUUUUGAGAAUUGCGGGCUUUUCCUUAAAGGGGAACAUUAUCACAAUUUCAAAAGGGUUAAAAACAAUAAAAAUCAGUUCCCAGUG